UGUGAGCAACAUCUAAGUUCUUUUGGUGAAAAUUUUAUGGUUGACAUUUCAAUAUAUAUUAGGCCAUUCUCUUUGUUAGAUGACAUGGAACUGAACAACUUUAUGACAAACUAAUAAUGUUUGGUGUUCGUGUCGGAUAAUAAAAUUAUUUUAAGUUUGAGAAGCAAGGAACAAGAUGACUUGUAUAAAGCUCAGGCAUGAACAAAUACCAAAUUUUGUUAUAGAUACAUUUGAUGCCAAAAUGAACCAAGAAAUGAGGAGGUUCAUAGCUUGUUCUUAAUUAAAAAUGACUCUGCAAAUUAUUUAAAUUACUAACACGAAAAUACCAAGUCAUGCUUAAACAACAAUAAACAACCUGGAUAUUAAAUGGUCGCAGAAUUGUUACAAUUAGUUCUUAGAGAGUAAAAUAAUGUUGCAUAGAUGGAGGAAGUGCGUUCUAUUCCUACUUGAAAGAACAAAGGAGAUACUCUAGAUUGUACAAAUUCAGAGGUAUUAAGCUCAUGACUCAUGAGCCAUGCAAUAAAAUUAUUAAAGUGAUGAUCGAUUACAAAGAAAGGUGUAAUUAAAAGGUAUCAAAGAAUAAAAUUUUCUUUAAGUGGGAAAGAUCUACAAUGGAAGCUAGUUUUGUGCGUAGGAGAUUGAUGAAAAAUAGUAGAAUGAAACUGCAUAUAAUUUUUACUGAUUGGAAAAAUGUUUUAUGAUAGGGUGUCUAGGUAUGGUCCAUGAAGCAGCUAAAGUUGCUUGUCAAGCAUUGACUAUUGUUGAGACUCAGGAGGUUAAAGUUUCAUACAAAAAUCUUCUUCAAGAAAUGGCCCAAAAAAGAGGUCUUAAGCUUCCAAUAUAUGAGACAUUGCAAGAAGGUCCUCCUCGCAAGCCUAUAAUUGUGUCAAUUGUGGAGAUAGGAAGUGAUACUUUCCGAGGAACUGAAGCAAAAACUAAAAAGCAGGCAGAGAUGAAUGUUGUUGAAAUGGCUUGCGUUGCUCUUACUGAGAGUAAGAAACUAAUUAUUAAUUGGGUUUGAGUUUGUUCUAGUCUCUCAA